AGUUGCUCCACACCAGUUGUUCUCCAAACGUCUUCCACUCAUCACAAACUCAGGCAGGGGACGAGGACAGGCGCGCACACACGCACACGUACACUCCGACACACACGCUCCACCUCACGAGACCGGAGAACACAUACAGUAGAGCAGUUCCAGGGGAAGCAGGGAUCGUUGUCCCCUCACAUCCAGUCCACAACGUUGUCCAGUAUGGAGCUUUUCGAGACCAACCCUUAUUUCUUCCCUGACCAGCGCUUCUACGAGGGAGGGGACAGCUAUUUCCCCUCUCGCCUGCCCGGGGGGUAUGACCAAGCAGGCUACCAGGACAGGAACUCCAUGAUGGGGUUGUGUGCGAGUCUGUCUGGGGGUGUUGGAGUUGGGGUCACAGGAGCAGAGGACAAAGCCUCUACGUCCAGCCUGUCACCCCUCUCCGAGCCCCACUGCCCAGGCCAGUGUCUGCCAUGGGCCUGUAAGCUGUGCAAAAGGAAGACAGUGACCAUGGACCGUCGGAAAGCGGCCACACUGAGGGAGAAGCGGCGUCUGAAGAAGGUGAAUGAGGCUUUUGAUGCUCUGAAGAGGAGCACCCUGAUGAACCCCAACCAGAGGCUGCCCAAGGUGGAGAUCCUGCGGAGCGCCAUCCAGUAUAUCGAGAGGCUCCAGGCCCUGGUGUCUUCCCUCAACCAGCAGGACACUGAGACCGGACAGCAGGGACUACACUACCGACCCAACCCGGCCCAGCCCAGAGUGUCGUCGUCAAGCGAGCCCAGUUCAGGCAGCACCUGCUGCAGUAGCCCAGAGUGGAGCAGCACUCCAGAGCAGUGCACACAGAGCUACAGCAGCGAGGAUCUCCUGAGUGCUGCUGACUCUCCCGAGCAGGGGAGCAUGCGUGUGCUGACCUCAAUCGUGGAAGGCAUCGCUGCAGCAGACGGAGCUGUGGCCUUUCCUGUGGACAUUUCCAAAUAAGACCCUCCACACAUUGGAGCCGUAGGUGCACAGAGAUCCACAGACACAAAGGAAAUUAACAGUUGACAUAAGGGGCUGACUACCAAUCCCAAAUUCCAAUUUAAUUUAUUUUUUCAGCUCUGCAGAUCGCUUCGUCUUACGCAAAAAUUUAAAAUUUGUGAUUUAUUAGGAUUGUAACUCCACGGAUCCACAGUUGUGCUAGCCAAACUGAAUCCUGUUCACAAUGAGGCCUUAUUCCUUUUAUUCCCUGCCUUGUCCUGUGGCCCAGACCUGCCUGUCAGAUCUGACUAGAGAUUCAACCACUUGCUGCAUGAAUACAACACCUAAGCCUAGUAACUAGUGUGGAUCUCUGACAUGCCUCCAGUCUGGAAUGAGAAAAGCUGUUUUUUGUCCCUUACUUAAUUUAAGUUUUCCUCUUUUCGAAACCUUUCCCUGAUCUUUCAUUCUUUUCGUGUGUUUUUAUGCUUAAAAAAAACAUGAGUUUAUUUGUGGGGCCAAUAUGUACCAUGGCAGUUUUGACCAAGAUCUGCUUAAUUUAAACUGGUUAUGAAUGCUAGUGAUGUAAAUACGUUCCCUUUUUCUACAGAGUGGUUUUGCCAUUUUAUUUUCUAUUUUUUGCUAACUUAUUUUUGACUUUUAUAACUAAGAUUGUUGUGUAUUUGUAGAUGUUCCAAAAAGUAAUAUUUUCUGUCCAAUUCUUGCAAUAAAGACCAUUUUCAAUACA